AUGAAUGAGGGGCAAUCUGAAGGGGUACGGGAUAAGCAGAAUCUGACUGGUGUGAGAUCAUACUCGUCGGUGGUGGGAAGGUUUUUCCCAGACAUGGAGCUGCUCCCAGAUCUUAUACAUCCAAGAUGGUGCACCAAGAUUAUCAUACCACAAGAUGCCUACGAGGAAAGGUUGUUGCGAUUUAGAUUCGCUUUGAUUGGGAGGGUAAAUUUCAGAAUUAUUUCUAUGAAUGAUAUUUGCAAAGAGGCUGUUGAAUCGUGGAAUCUCCAAGGAAGUGUUAGAAUGGCUCCAAUGGGGAAGGGGUAUAUACUCUUUCAAUUUGAACAUGAGGGAGAUAUGGCAGCGAUGUGGAGAAGGAGCCUGACAAAGGUUGGCGGGCAGGUGAUCAGAUUCCAAUGCUGGAAGCUUGAUUUUGACGUUCACGCUAACAAUAUUUCAACCAAGCUGGUAUGGAUCAGGUUCCUGGACCAUCCACUUGAAUAUUGGCAUGAAAAAAUCUUAUUGUCCAUGGCUAAAGCGGCAGGGAGGCUGGCGGCCUUGGAUAGACGCACUCGAACUACUGCUUUGGGAUCUUUCGCGAGGGUCCAGGUGGAGGUGGAGGUAGAAGCAAAAAGAGUGGAUGAGAUUCAAGUGGAGAGGAAGCAACCUGGCAUAGGUGAAGCUUUCUGGUUCAAACAAGUAGUCGUUUAUGAGGAUGGCAUGAGCAGAAGUACAUUUUGCAAGAAGGUUGGGCACAUGGUCCAUGCAUGUAGGGAGAAGAAAUGGGUGGAUUCCAAGGAGGAGGAGAAAGUAAAGGACCAGAAUUUGAUGGAGAACAUAGGAGAGAGAUGCUCUGAGAGGGUUGGGGGGAUUUGCGAUCGAACAUCCGAUAGAGGGAAGCAAAUGAGGAUUACUGAUUUUUGGAGACUGGCACACUACUCUCUGCCGCCGCUGGCCUAUGAAACUGACAAUGUUGUCUCUGGUGGAUUAGAUGAGAAGAAUCACCCUAUAGAGGAGGUGAUCAAUGGAGGCAGCAAACAAUCUUACACAGCUGCGGUGAAGGAAACUAUGCCGAACAUAGAUGAUCUUCCUGAUCCAAUACAUGCUGGAACCCUUACAAAGAUCAUUAUUCCUCAGGAGGCGUACGAAGAGAAAUUCAAUCAUUCUAUUACGCUUUGA